AUGCUUCCCCUUGAGCACUCUCUCCUAUAUCAGCGCCCAGGGCCGGUUUGUGAUGCGAAGCAUAUGGCGCUUGCCAAUGGAUUGUCCCAGGACAUGCACAGCGUUUGGCGCUGUGCAACAGUGUUAUUUUUGAAGUGCACGACUUCAGAAACUCAAUGCUCUGUGACGAGUGCUUGUGCCUUUGCAGGAGAACAAACGCGGCUCUUGGUAGGGGCUGGCAAGCUCGUGGUGGCUAUCUUUUCCGGAGGGUGUGUCAAGGGGCGGUGGGGGGAUUCUGAUUUUCGUCAACGCUGCGGCAACAGCAGCAUUAGCAAGCAGGGGGCUCGUGGCUGGGACUUCCUGGAGACUUGCUUGGGCUGCUCGGCAGACGUGUUGCAUGCAAGCCCGUUUUAG